AAUAUCUCAAAUGCUUAUUUGCCUCCUCCCCCCUUGUGGUCUAAAAUCAAACAUUAUGCUCAUCUUUCUAGUUUUAUGAGUACUUUUUUGCGAAGGGCUCUUAGAUUAUCUGAACAAAUUCUUAACAAGUAGUACUGAAAGAACAUGGAUGGGCAACCACGGCAAAAGUUUUAGUUUAAUUCUGAAUUUGAGCCGCGCUCUGUGAUUAGGGGGUUUAAUGCAUGUGUGUUCAGUUUUGUCCCACAUUAGCCUGUGCAGUCGGCCUAAACAUGCAUUUAACCCUCUCAUCACUGAGCAUGGCUCAUAUAUAUUGGACAUAAAUAUACUGGCUCUUAUUGAUAACAACAGUUUGUAGCAUUUUGUGUUGUUGCAUUCAAUAUGCACGUGUUUGUCUCUGUGAUAACAACGGUUUGUAGUAUUUUGUGUUGUUACGUGCUACAUGUCUCUGUUCGUGUAUUACGUUCUACAUGCACAUGUUUGUCUCUGUGUUUACAUGCACUUGUUUGUCUCUGUCCCUGUUCUACAUGCACCUGUUUGUUUCUGUCCCUGUUCUACAUGCACGUGUUUGUCUCUGUCCCUGUUCUACAUGCACGUGUUUGUCUCUGUCCCUGUUCUACAUUCACUUGUUUGUCUCUGUCCCUGUUUUACAUGCACUUGUUUGUCUCUGUCCCUGUUUUACAUGCACUUGUUUGUCUCUGUCCCUGUUCUACAUGCACUUGUUUGUCUCUGUCCCUGUUCUACAUGCACCUGUUUGUCUCUGUCCCUGUUCUACAUGCACGUGUUUGUCUCUGUGCCUGUUCUACAUGCAAGUGUUUGUCUCUGUGCCUGUUCUACAUGCACAUGUUUGUCUCUGUCCCUGUUCUACAUGCACUUGUUUGUCUCUGUCCCUGUUCUACAUGCACCUGUUUGUCUCUGUCCCUGUUCUACAUGCACUUGUUUGUCUCUGUCCCUGUUCUACAUGCACGUGUUUGUCUCUGUCCCUUUUCUACAUGCACGUGUUUGUCUCUGUCCCUGUUCUACAUGCACAUGUUUGUCUCUGUCCCUGUUCUACAUGCACAUGUUUGUCUCUGUCCCUGUUCUACAUGCACGUGUUUGUCUCUGUGCCUGUUCUACAUGCACAUGUUUGUCUCUGUCUCUGUCCCUGUUAUACAUGCACUUGUUUGUCUCUUUCCCUGUUCUACAUGCACCUGUUUGUCUCUGUCCCUGUUCUACAUGCACGUGUUUGUCUCUGUCCCUGUUCUACAUGCACGUGUUUGUCUCUGUGCCUGUUCUACAUGCACAUGUUUGUCUCUGUCCCUGUUCUACAUGCACUUGUUUGUCUCUGUACCUGUUCUACAUGCACCUGUUUGUCUCUGUCCCUGUUCUACAUGCACUUGUUUGUCUCUGUCCCUGUUCUACAUGCACCUGGUUGUCUCUGUCCAUGUUUUACAUGCACUUGUUUGUCUCUGUUUGUGUUCUACAUGCACCUGUUUGUCUCUGUUCGUGUUCUACAUGCACGUGUUUGUCUCUGUCCCUGUUCUACAUGCACUUGUUUGUCUCUGUCCCUGUUCUACAUGCACUUGUUUGUCUCUGUCCCUGUUCUACAUGCACCUGUUUGUCUCUGUCCCUGUUCUACAUGCACGUGUUUGUCUCUGUGCCUGUUCUACAUGCACAUGUUUGUCUCUGUGCCUGUUCUACAUGCACAUGUUUGUCUCUGUCCCUGUUCUACAUGCACUUGUUUGUCUCUGUCCCUGUUCUACAUGCACCUGUUUGUCUCUGUCCCUGUUCUACUUGUUCUACAUGCACUUGUUUGUCUCUGUCCCUGUUCUACAUGCACGUGUUUGUCUCUGUCCCUGUUCUACAUGCACGUGUUUGUCUCUGUCCCUGUUCUACAUGCACAUGUUUGUCUCUGUGCCUGUUCUACAUGCACAUGUUUGUCUCUGUCCCUGUUCUACAUGCACUUGUUUGUCUCUGUCCCUGUUCUACAUGCACUUGUUUGUCUCUUUCCCUGUUCUACAUGCACCUGUUUGUCUCUGUCCCUGUUCUACAUGCACGUGUUUGUCUCUGUCCCUGUUCUACAUGCACGUGUUUGUCUCUGUGCCUGUUCUACAUGCACAUGUUUGUCUCUGUCCCUGUUCUACAUGCACUUGUUUGUCUCUGUCCCUGUUCUACAUGCACCUGUUUGUCCCUGUCCCUGUUCUACAUGCACUUGUUUGUCUCUGUCCCUGUUCUACAUGCACCUGUUUGUCUCUGUCCCUGUUUUACAUUCACUUGUUUGUCUCUGUUUGUGUUCUACAUGCACCUGUUUGGAUCUGUUCGUGUUCUACAUGCACGUGUUUGUCUCUGUCCCUGUUCUACAUGCACUUGUUUGUCUCUGUCCCUGUUCUACAUGCACUUGUUUGUCUCUGUCCCUGUUCUACAUGCACCUGUUUGUCUCUGUCCCUGUUCUACAUGCACGUGUUUGUCUCUGUCCCUGUUCUACAUGCACGUGUUUGUCUCUGUGCCUGUUCUACAUGCACAUGUUUGUCUCUGUCCCUGUUCUACAUGCACUUGUUUGUCUCUGUCACUGUUCUACAUGCACCUGUUUGUCUCUGUCCCUGUUCUACAUGCACUUGUUUGUCUCUGUCCCUGUUCUACAUGCACCUGUUUGUCUCUGUCCCUGUUUUACAUGCACUUGUUUGUCUCUGUUCGUGUUCUACAUGCACCUGUUUGUCUCUGUUCGUGUUCUACAUGCACGGGUUUGUCUCUGUCCCUGUUCUACAUGCACGUGUUUGUCUCUGUCCCUGUUCUACAUGCACCUGUUUGUCUCUGUUCGUGUUCUACAUGCAAAUGUUUGUCUCUGUCCCUGUUCUACAUGCACCUGUUUGUCUCUGUCCCUGUUCUACAUGAACCUGUUUGUCUCUGUCCCUGUUCUACAUGCACAGGGAGAAGAACUCUAUAAGACCAUGUCUUUCGUUCCUAUCCCAUUGGAACAUGUAGGUAUUGUAAACAUUGUUGUAAUUCUAUGUAAACUAAUGUGCAUUGUUUGAAAUAAAUAUGUUUAAACUACAUGCACGUGUUUGACUCUGUUCGUGUUCUACAUGCGUGUUUGUCUCUGUCCCUGUUCAACAUGCACGUGUUUGUCUCUGUCUGUGCUCUACAUUAACCUGUUUGUCUCUGUCAGUGUUCUACGUGCACCUGUUUGUCUCUGUCAGUGUUCUACAUGCACGUGUUUGUCUCUGUCCUUGUUCUACAUGAACCUUUUUGUCUCUGUCCGUGUUUUACAUGCACCUGUUUGUCUCUGUCCGUGUUCUACAUGCACGUGUUUGUCUCUGUCCGUGUUCUACAUGCACGUGUUUGUCUCUGUCAGUGUUCUACAUGCACGUGUUUGUCUCUGUCUGUGUUCUACAUGCACGUGUUUGUCUCUGUCUGUGUUCUACAUGCACGUGUUUGUCUCUAUCGUCUUCAACAUGCACGUGUUUGUCUCUGUCCCUGUUCUUCAUGCACCUGUUUCUCUGUCCGUGUUCUACAUGAACGUGUUUGUCUCUGUCCCUGUUCUACAUGCACUUGUUUGUCUCUGUCCGUGUUCUACAUGCACAUGUUUGUUUCUGUCCGUGUUCUACAUGCAGCUGUUUGUCUCUAUCAGUGUUCUACAUGCACCUGUUUGUCUCUGUCCAUG